GUCCAACGUAGUUCGCAUCUUGAGUGAGUGACACUUUUGACGGAGGAGCAAUGAAUUUAGUACGUACUCAGGUUUUUUUUUUUUUUCAUUUCUUGUUACUAUUGCGGACAUUGGCAAAGAUCAUCUACUCUGAUAUUCAGGCUUAACAACAUCCUGCAACAUUUUUCUCAAACCAUGGAACAAAAUACUGGCUUAAUAUCACAACUGCCAAACCCUUAAUGUCAAAUAGCAAUUGGUGAAUCUCAGUUACCCUGCCGCAAAUUUAACAUGUUCAAUGAAACUAAACACCAAAGCUUAGCUGAGUGUGUAAGCGAAGGUGGGGUCCAGAGUACUAGGGUGGAGUAGCCAAGUAUGGAGAUAAAAGCUUGGAGAAUGUUUGUUGUGCCUUCAGAAAGCACAGAAGUGCUAAAUACUGCAAGGAAACGGAAUUAGGAUUUCACGGUGACGGAGGAUUCGUGGGUUGGCGUGUAUGUCGAUGCGUUGGAGCUGAUGGAAAAAGCUGAAGAGAGCUCAGCACUUGAAAGCGUUGAAGUAUUGGAUGAGGGAGGGGUUCAUCAAAAUGAGAAUAACAUCGAAGAAAACAGAAGCAGGAAAGAUGCAGACCUCCAGGAAGACUACAAUACCGAGCAUCAAAGGGUUAGCGGGGAGAGCCCUGAAGAGUUUACCUCACAGGUCAAGAUAUUAUGCAGAAUUUGUUUCUUUGCUGCAAUCAUCGAGCUUUCGGAGGGUUGCCACAUCAAAUUUUUGUUGGCAGCUGUGGUCCCCGAUGACCAGACAGGGGUUUUGGAAGAGAGCCCCCUCGAUCUUGCAUCGUAUUUGACUGUUCAUAAAGGGGAGGACAAUGCUUCAGGGGAUGCAAGUGAGCCGCUUAAGGAAGCCAUUGAAUUUAGGUCCUUGGGGGAUGAUGGCAAUAGUGCAGAUUUUGCCGGCAAUUUUGAACACAUCUUAGACCCAUCAGAUACGGGUCUGGAAGAUGUGGAUUUAGUCGAACAUAUUGACAUCGACUUCGACCAAUUUGGAGCUCAACCGCCAGAUUUGCCCGUACUUGACACCUCGAAUAAUGAAGAGGUGGAGAUGAAUGUGAACGAAGUGGAUGGGAUCUUCAGCUCCAGUGGUGAAGAAGGAACAGAUACAAGCACAGAGGCUAGUGAGUCUGAACAUCAAAUUAAGAAACUGGUUUCUGAGAACGAGGAUGAGCAAGAAAUGAAGGAACUGGAUGACGUUCCAGUGAAGAUAGACCUGAACGAUGUAUCAGAAGAGCAACUUCUGAAAGAGCUGGAUUCAGAGUCGAAUGCGGAUCUUCAUAAUACUAUGAAAAUCUCAGAAAACAUUGAAGGACAUGGUGUGCUUAGAGGUUCUGGCUCUGAGACAACUCUGGAUGAGAAGGGAGUAGACGAUGCUUCAUUGGGAAGCUUGACAAGAGGGUUAGCAAAUAACGCGGAAGUGAAAGGGUCUUCUGCACAUAAGGAAGUUCUGAGGCAUACCUACGGUCCCAAGCAGUUAACUGAGAAGCAAGUGAAACAGCUUGAGGAGAUUCGUUGUCAAGUAGACUUGUUGUCGUUAAAGCGUAAACUUGAGGCUGAAUGCGGAAAGCGUCUGAAGAAUGAAGCAAAGUUGAUGGUGCUACAUGAAAUUCUGCCCAACGUGGAGGAGAAGAUGAAAGUUCUAUGUGAUGAGGUGCUAUUCCUGGAAGUGCAGUUUAAGGAGCAGGUUGACUUCAGCAACAAACUUGAAGCAAAUUUGGUGCAGGAACGUGAGAGAGUGCAGCAUGUAGCGCAAGUACUGAAGGAGGAGAUUCAUUUGAAGAAAAAACUUCAGGAAACAUUGGAAUUCGAACGCAAUAAGAGGGUACAGUAUGUUGUACAAUUGGAGGAGAAGACCAGAUUGCAGGAAGAAUUGACACAUAAACUUGAGGAGGAGCGAGUUGUCCGGAUCCAGAGCGAAGCGGGCCUCAUGGUGCUUCACGAGAUGUUACCUGACGUUGAGGAGAAGUUGAAUGACCUUCGCGACCAAAUUGAGACACUGAUUGCGCAGUUACAGGAUCAGAAAAGAUUGAGGGAAGAGGUCGAACAGAAAUUGGACUGUGAACGCAAGGAAAGGUUGCAACAUGUGGCAAAAGUAGAGGAACGAACGAAAUUUUAUGAGGAAACAUUGGAACAGGAACGCAUUGAGAGGUUACAAUUUGUUGCGCAACUGGAGAAGAGAACCAGAUUGCAGGAAGAGUUGGCACGAAAACUUGAGGAGGAGCGGGUUAUGCGGAUCCAAAGUGAAGCGGGCCUAGCUGUUUUCCAUGAGAUGUUACCUGACGCUGAGAAGAAGCUGAAUGAUCUACUUGCGCAGUUGCAAUCACAGAAUGGAUUGAAGAAAGAGAUUGAAGAGAAAUUGGAUUGGGAACGCAGAGAAAGGAUGGAACAUGUGGCAAAAACAGAGGGAGAAGCGAAAAUGCAUGAGGAAGCGUUGGAACAGGAACGCAAUAAGAGGGUGCAAUAUGUUGUGCAACUGGAGGAGAAAACCAAAUUACAGGAAGAGUUGGCUCGAAAACUUGAGGAGGAGCGAGAUGAGCGGCUCAUAAGUGAAACUAGUUUGAAGGAGCUACUACAUGAGAGAUUGCCAAACGAUGAAGAGAAGAUAAAAGAGCUAUAUAAUCAGGUCAUGUCGCUCUCUGCGCAGCUUGAGGAGCAGAGAGAACUGAGGAAGGAGCUUGAAGAGAGGUUAGAACAGGAACGAGAAGAGAGAAGCCAAAGAGCGGUUGUGGUGUCAGAAACUUCAAACGAGAGUCUCCUUGUUUCGUCGGUGCCAUGGCCAGAGGAGAAAUACGAGUGUGUGAAGUUGUUGGAUGAGCAAAAGGCAUUGUUGGCGCACCAAAUGGAAGAAGCAGAGAAAAUAAAGAGUACGGCCCAGAUGAAAGUGGGGCAGCUGAACAAUCAGGUGCAAAACUUGGAGGUGCUCACAGACAUUGCAGAAACUAUGGAGUGUGUGUUCAGCGCAAAGGAUCGGGCUAUAAGUCAGGCCAUUUGGACAACAUUUCAGGCCCUGUGCCUUGGUUUAGGAUUCAUCCACUUCAUCACUGCAUACAGGGACCCAGUCGUACAGAACUCCCUGCUGCCCACUUAGUUGGUUAAGAAUGAAAUUGAAGUGCAACCUAUGUCAUUCCAUUGGUACAACAAUGUGUAACAUAUUGUAGAUCUCUGUUAAUCUCGCAAGUUUGCUGUUGAGAAGACCAAUGUGAUACAGGGCUAGUGCGUCAGCCACUUUGUAUUCUGUUCAAUGUAGAGUUCAAACACAUGCUUCAAAACAUUUCAUUGUAUGUGCUAUGCAGGUCUAAAAGCCUACCAUGGUCAUUCCUUUGAAAUCUUUAAUCGGAUCUGAUGUUGUAUGUCCUCGA